AUGCCCGCGACAGAGAAGGCGCAGAAGAAGUCCGAGACGGCGCAGAAGAAGUCGAUCCUCAUCCUUUCUAUGAAGCUUGACCCGAAGAUGGACGUGUUCAUGAAGAACUUCUCCAAGAAGUACGGCGAGGGAUCCAUCAUGAACUUGAACAAGUUCGACGCGGAUGUGCCAACCAUCUCGACAGGCGCCUUGACACUGGACUUGAAGCUGGGCGGUGGCGUGCCCUAUGGCCGGAUCGUUGAAGUCUACGGCCCGGAGCAAAGUGGCAAAACAACGCUUGCACUCUCCUGCGCGUACCAGGCGCAACAGAGUGGCAACCGCAAGCGCGUGGCAUUUCUGGAUGCCGAGCAGGCCCUGGACAGAUAUCUGGCAAAGAACAUGGGCCUCGACCUCUCCCCUGAUCGCUUCACCUUUUUGUGCGCCGGUUUCGCUGAGGAGGCAUGCGACCAGCUCCUGGAUGCCAUAGAAUCCAAGUGCUUCGACAUUGUGAUCUUGGACAGCGUGGGUGCCCUCACCCCGAAGGACGAGCUGGAUAAGGACAUGACGCAGAACACCAUCGGACUCCUGGCGCGCACCAUGAGCAAGUUCUUGCGGAAAGCCGUGAAGGUUGUAGCGGACUCUGACACCUGCCUCUUGAUCAUCAACCAGCUCAGAGCCAACAUUGGAGGCUACGGCAAUCCUGAGACAACCUGCGGUGGCAAAGCCCUUCCUUAUCAUGCCAGCAUGCGCCUGGAGGUCCGCUCUCCGAUGUCCGGAAAGAUGGGACCUGCGGAGGAGCCCACCGGAAUCCGCUCCGUCGUCCGAGUCAAGAAGAACAAGCUUGCCGCUCCGCACCGGAAGGCCGAGUUUGACAUCAUCUUCGGCAAGGGCAUCUCCUGGGAGAACAGCGUCGUGGAGGCAGGCAUUGACACGGGGCUGAUCCACAAAGCAGGCGCUUGGAUGAGCUAUGGCGAGCAUCGAGUGCAGGGCAAGGAGAAGAUGCGUGACCUCCUGGAGGAGCAUCCGGACGUGUGCAAGAAACUGGAAGGUGACAUUCGAUCUGCCGAGAAGACUGAGGGAAGCGAGCUGGAGGAGAAGGUGGAGGCGCCUCCUGCUCCGGAGCCUUCAGCUUCCUCCGCCGUCGCUGCCCCAGUACUAGUGGAGAAGCUGCAAUCGAAGGCACCCAAGGCACCAUCUGCUCCUGAGCCUUCAGCAUUCGCCGUCGCUGCCCCAGCGGAGAAGCCCCAGUCGAAGGCACCCCAGGUGCCGAAGAAGAUGAACGCGGCCGACCUGAAAGACGAGCUGCGCAAGCUUGGGCUUCCCACGACUGGCAACAAGGCGGAGCUCACGUCUCGGCUCCAGGAGGCCAAGCAGCCAGCAAAAUGA